AUGGUAUCCGGUGACAAGAUCUACGCGUUGAUUGAUUACGAGGAUCCCUAUGUUCAGCCCCUCAUCCUUGCAGCUCUCGAAAAGCGCUUGCCAGCUUCGACGUACGAACUCAUCACUUCUAUCAGCCAAUUGCCCUCACCUUCAUCUCGGCUUCUACAAUGGGUACAAUAUGAGUCGAUCGACUUCGACCACCUCAUGGACCACUCGUCUACCACGGUCGCCAAUGCAUAUGUUAUUCGAAAAGCCCUGAUUCGGAAACACUAUCUAAGCACUACCAUUGCGAACUGGAUCACCAAGUACCCUGAUUCAAUACUGAAGAAGCACGUCAAGCCCAGUGUGGAGUUCGAAGUCGAUUACGCAGAGUUCCUAGACGAUGCAUUGAUAGAAGCCUGGGACCUGAAAGAGAGCUGGGCAAGAAAUGAAGAAAAGGACGAGAAAGACCGAGAGUGGUGGAUCCUGAAGCCUGGCAUGAGCGACCGAGGCCAAGGCAUCCGCCUCUUCUCAAGCGAAGAAGAAUUGACAAGCAUCUUCGAAGAAUGGGACCCACCAUCAGACGACGAAGACGAAGAAGGCGACGCACGAAGCGAUGCCGCCGACGACAACGACGGCAUAAUGACCUCCCAACUCCGCCACUUCAUCGCUCAACCCUACAUCCACCCGCCUCUCCUCCUCGCCCCACCAAACACCCCGGACUCAUCCGCAAGCCUCCGCAAAUUCCACAUAAGGACCUACGUCGUCGCCACCGGCGCCCUCAAAGUCUUCGUCUACCGCCCCAUGCUCGCCCUCUUUGCAGCGCGCGCAUACGUCCCGCCCUGGGCCGCCGAGCUCCACUCCGACCGCGCGGAAGCAAUGAAAUCCCACUUGACAAACACAUGUCUGCAAGACAGCGGCGACCGCGAAGGCUCCGUCGGGCUAUUCUGGUCUCUACCAGACGUCCUACCGUCACAACCCGACGUCCCAACUCCAAAGCACUCCGCGGACUGGAAAGAACAAGUCUUCACCCAACUCUGCUCAACCACAGCCCAAACCUUCGAGGCCGCGGCGCGCGGCAUGGGGAUUCACUUCCAGCCGCUGCCUAACGCUUUCGAGAUAUUUGGAUUGGAUUUCAUGGUUAGUGUGGAGGAGGGCAGGGAGUUGGGGGGUGUGGUUGUUGGAGGUUAA